AUGAAGAAGACGGAUCAAGAAGCACUUACCUUCAUCUGUCAAGGUUUAGAUGAAGGUAUGUCUGAGAUGGUGUCCAAUGCUUCUACCUCCAAAGAAGCAUGGGAGAUUUUAAGGACAUCCCUUGAAAGUGUUGACAAGGUGAAAAAGUUGCGUCUACAAACUCUUUGUGGAAAGUUUGAAUCCUUGUGCAUGAAGGAAUUCAAGUCAAUUUUGGAUUUUGGAAAUAGGGUGGUAAUGGUUGUGAACCAAAUGAAGUGUUAUAGGGAGAAUACGAAAGAUGUUUGUUUUGUAGAGAAUGUUCUUCAUUCUCUAAUUGCAAAAUCUGAUUUUGUGGUUUGUGCAAUUGAAGAGUCAAAGUACAUCGAAUCAAUGACUGCGGACCAAUUAUUGGGUUUAAUUCAAGCAUAUGAAGAAAGGUUCAAAAGAAGAAAUAAUGAGCCUUUGGAGCAAGUUCUUAAAGCCAAAGCUUCUUUUAAAGAAAAUGGAGAAGAAAAAAGUCAAAGAGGAUGUGCUUGUGGAAGAGGUAGUGAACAUGGUGGAGGAAGAGGAGAUCGUGACAAUUGUGAUAAUAAUGAAAAAAGUUAUCAACCCACUAGAGGUUAUGAAAGAGGAAGAGGUAGAGACAAUUUUGGAAGAACAAAUGAAAAAAAAGCUAAUCUUGUUGAUGAGAAAGAAGAAGAUGAAGAGGCAACACUAUUGCUAGCACAUAAUAGUGAAGAGAAUAAUGAUAAGAACUUUGGACAACUUGUUGAGAAGGGGUAUGAAGUUCUCAUGAAAGAUAAUUGUUUGUGGCUUAAAGAUCAAAACUCUAAUUUGAUUGCCAAGGUGUUUAUGUCAAGAAAUAAAAUGUUCACUUUGAGCAUUAAGACCAAUGAAGCAAAAUGCUUAAAGGCUAGCAUGAAAGAUGAAGCAUGGUGUUGGCAUAUGAGGUUUGACCACUUGUGA